CAGUCCCAAAAACACUUCUGUGGUGAGAUGAUAAAAUGGCGUCGGGUGCCAUUUCCACGGAGUCCAAGAAAAUAGUCGAAUUACGAGUAAUUGAUCUGAAGUCUGAGCUUAAACGAAGAUCUUUAGACUGCUCCGGGGUUAAGAGCGUCCUGAUCGCCCGGUUGAAACAGGCUGUGGAAGAUGAAGGCGGCGAGCCAGGCAACGUGGCAAUCCCAUUGGCUGCAGAUACAACCACGAGGAAGAAGCCUAAAGGAAAGAAAAUGGAAUCGGACUCUGAAAAUAUUCUGGAUGACGACUCCUGUGCCAAGGACACUGAAGAAGACGAAUCUGAGAAAGAUGUAACAGAAACAGAGGAAGUUGCUCACGAAAAAUCUAAGCCAGCGCCGUGCGAGGCCAGCCCGGCCGCGCCUGAGGCCGGGCCGGAGACCUCCGGCGAGGCCCAGCCCCCGACCGAGGACGCCGUUGACAACGAGCCCACGACAGAGGCCUCAAUCCAGGCCGAUGAGGCGUCGGUCGAGCCCCAGCCUGUGGUGGAGACGGAGCCCGAGACGGAGGCUGAGCCCGCGGCCUCGCCGGAGACGGAGGCUGAGCCCGCGGCCUCGCCGGACCCGGAGGCUGAGCCCGCGGCCUCGCCGGAGCCGGAGGCUGAGCCCGCGGCCUCGCCGGAGCCGGAGGCUGUGGUGCUGCUCGAGGCCGACUCGGAGCCAGAGCUCGAGGCCGAUCCAGAGGCCGACGUCGACACCGAGCCAGAGGCGGAGGUAGAGACGGAAGCGGCAGAGACGGCGGCCGAAGCAUUGGACUCCUCUAAAGAAGCUGAGGACGAUCACCUGUCCGUGUCGAUCCCCAACGAAGACGCCAUCACGCUGGACGUUGAUGGGGACGACCUCCUGGAGACAGGUAAACAUGUGAAACUUCCAGAUCCCGACAAGAGCUCUGACGACCCCCUGGUCCCCUCUGGACCCACGGGCCACGAUGAUGACGACGACGACGACGACGACCUGAACACCGAAGAGUCAGGGGGCCACAAGGAGGGUAAGAACGAGGCCGGAUCCAAGGCUGACCCCACGAAGAAGGAGGGCCGGGACACCCUGAAGAAAGCUGAAACGGGAGACAAAGAGAAGGAUUCUGGGAAGAAAGGCCCCUCCACUACGGGGGCGUCAGGUCAAGCUAAGAGCUCUUCAAGAGACAGAGAUGGAAAAGCAAAAGAUGAUAAAGGUGGUCUCAGCAGCGCUGCCAGCAGCUCUUCUCGUAACGUGUGGGUCAGUGGCCUCUCGUCAAACACAAAGGCAGCUGACCUAAAGAACCUGUUUGGAAAAUAUGGAAAGGUGUUCAGUGCUAAAGUGGUCACCAACGCACGCAGCCCCGGGUCCAAGUGCUACGGCCUGGUCACCAUGUCCUCCAGCACGGAGGUGGUGCGCUGCAUCUCCCACCUGGACCGCACCGAGCUCCACGGGCAGCAGAUCUACGUGGAGAGGGUUAAAAGUGAUCCAUUCAAGAAAGAGGCAGCGAAAAAGGAAGUGGAGGAAAAAAUGACGUCAAUCAAAUCCAGUGAGAAGCGAACGUUAACCGGAUCCAAGACGAGCAAAACGCUGCCCAAGAAAGACGACAAGAAGACGGACAAACCUUCAGAAAAAGACAACAAAGACGGGUCUAAGAAACCCGACGCCAAAAAUGACAAAGUAGAGGUUCCCUCGUCCACCGUGGUCCAAGAGAAGAAAGACGAGAAGAAGCAUAUACGAGCCAAGAGCCCUGGAGUUCUGCCCUUCGCUCAUAACCGAGGUCCUCCUCACUUCAACAAGAUGCGGCAGCCAUUCAGACGGGGCGGUAGACAGUUUGAUCGGCCUGGGUUUCCUCACAUGAACAUGCAGCAGCAUCAGCAUCCACAUCCGCAUCCUCAGCAGAGGCAUCCCAGGUGGCUCAUCCCACCAGAAGAGUUCCAGAUGAUGAAGGAGAGGCGGCCGUUCUUCAACAAGGAGGGCCACAACGAGAUCCUCCCCUUUGAGAAGAUGAAGGAGCAGAGGAUGAGGGAGCGCGUGGUGCGUCUGGAGCGGGUCCGACGGGCCCUGGAGCUACGCAGGCGCCGCGAGAUCGCCGAGCGGGAACGCCGGGAGCGCGAGCGCAUCCGUCUCCUGCGGGAGCGCGAGGAGCGGGAGAACCUGCUCCGGGAGCGGCAGCGGCUGGAGAUGGAGAGGCAGAAGCUGGAGCGGGAGCGCAUGGAGCGGGAGCGGCUGGAGCGGGAGCGGAUCCGCAUCGAGCAGGAACGGCGCAAGGAGGCGGAGCGUCUGGCCCGCGAGCGCGAGGAGCUGAGGCGGCAGCAGGAGCAGCUGCGCUACGAGCAGGAGAAGAGGAACAACCUGAAGAGAGGGCGCGACGUGGAGCACGGCCGCAGGGACGACUCCUACUGGAACGGCGGGAAGAAGAUGGCGCCCGAGUCGGAGGCGCGUCUGAGCGGCGGGGCCGAGUACAGCCGGCAGCAGAACCGCUUCACCAACUUCACCUCAACCGCCCGCGACCGGGGCCGCUUCCAGGAGGCCGCCGCCGCGCAGCCCGCCAGCUUCGACCGGCGGAGCCGCUUCGACGGCGAGCCCGAGGCCAAGAAGAGCCGCCCCGCCCCGCACCGGGAGGCGUCCGGCUUCGACCGCUACCCCAAGAGCUUCGAGGCGGUGCGUCGCCCCGAGCCGCCGCCGCCCCCCCCGCGGAGCGACCUCCGCGACACGGACCGCCGGGACCGCGACGAGCGUCGGCCCGUCGCCAUGACGGAGCGGCCCGCUGCCCCCCGCACCGCCAUGCCCGGGAUGUCCCACACGCGCUCCCCCCGGGACGGCGGCGCCCACGGGGGCUGGAAGAACGAUGGCGGCGGCGGCGGCCUCAGCGCCAACAAGGGGGACGUCCGCGGAGCGGUGCGGAUGAGGGCCGAGCGCUCCACCCGGGAGGUCCCAGGCCCCGCCCUGAGGGGGCCCGCCGCCGCCAGCCGCGGGAGGCACAGCUACAACGAGCGGGAGGGGGGCCGGCCCAUGGUGAUGGGGGACCAGGCUUUUGGGUCGGGCCGCCAGGUGGUGGUUGAGCGCCACGGCAGGGACCCCCCGGGCAGAGACCCCCCGGGCAGGGCCCCCCUGGGCAGGGACCCCCCGGGCCGAGACCCCCCGGGUAGGGACCCCCCAGGCAGGGACCAGGGCCCCAGCAGGAAGGACUGGCACGGGGGCGCGGGCUCCCAGGGCAGCGGGGGCUUCCAGGACGGCCGUAGGAUGGGGGACCCCCGGGGCAGCCUGAUGGCCCAGCACUCGAGCCACUCAUCGUCCGGCAUGAACCGCAUCGUGCAGAUCACCAACAACUCUCUAUCCAGCGGCGGGAACGGCGGCGGCUUCAAGCCCUUCAAAGGAGCUCCCCGUAGGUUCUAGCAGCGCCCCCUCCUCCAAUCACAACGCUCGGACCCAGAGACACUUUCCAGUUAUUAUUUUAUUUUAUAUAUUUACUAUUUUAAACUGCUAAAACUAGCCGGUUGACAUCGCUCAACCCUAUCAUUUUGUAUAGAGGAGUAUCGGACAUUUUCUGCUGUCACUGAGUCUGCACAGGGGACAUUACUAGGUUGUUAACAUGUUUCAUUACUAGGACGUUCACAGGUGACAUUACUAGGACGUUCACAGGUGACAUUAUAGGAUGUAUAAAUGUUCCAUUACUAGGUUGUGUACAUGUUCCAUUUCUAGGAUGUGCACAUGUUCCAUUACUAGGAUGUUAACAGGUUUAAUUUCUAAGACAUUCAUAACGAGGUCUUUGUUACACGUUCUCAUGUGCUGUUGACGAUUGAACUGAAACUGUGUUCUAUAGUUCAGUGUAAAGGUAUUUCGAUUUAUAUUCUAUACAUAAUUGAGUUUUUGUUUUGCUGUUCGUUACGGUCACAUCUCGUAUAUAUCAAAAAGGCUGCUUGACUUAAAUUAUGCAUCUUUGGUAUUAAAAUUGGCAAAAUGAU